AUGGGGAGGCUGUGCUGCGCGGCGGCUGCGCUGCUGCUGCUGCUCGCCUGCCUCAGUUUCAGCCUUGGCGCCUGCAGCUCCGAUGCUCAGCGAGGAUGGGUGAACGACCGGGAGGAAGAUGCACGCCCCGCAGACAGGCGUGUAGUCCAGGCGGUACACAUCCGAGAAGCUCUGCCACAACCAACCAGGUACAGUUCCAAGCAGUCGACGGCGUUCCCGCAGUGGCCACCCUGGCCAUGGGCACCGGCACCGACGCCGACGCCGAGUUCUCCGCCGUUGCAGGGUGCUGGCUCCCCGUCAAGCGCCCCCGCACCGUCGCCGGAGGUCGCCAAGCCUCUGGCAGUGCCGCCUCGGGACGUCGAGAAGCCUGCGCACAGCAUCACGGUGCCACCGAUGCCAGCCACGGUGGUGGCCCACGGCGCUGCAGCGGUCGGAGAACCGUCGACUGAGGCAGCGGGGCACGCUCCUACCAGGCGGCGUGUCUAUGUCAUCGCCGGAGCAGGAGCUUCCCUCCUUGUGGCCAUUUCGGCGGCGCUGUUCGUCCUGUGCUACCGGUCCAAUAAGGUGGUCACCGUCAGGCCGUGGGCGACCGGCCUCAGCGGGCAGCUGCAGAAAGCGUUCGUGACAGGCGUGCCGUCGCUCAAGAGGUCGGAGCUCCAGGCGGCCUGCGAAGAUUUCAGCAACGUCAUCGGCUGCCUGUCGGAUUACAUGAUGUACAAGGGGACGCUGUCGAGCGGCGUCGAGAUCGCCGUCAUAUCGACGACGACGAAGUCCGGCAAGGAGUGGUCCAAGCACUGCGAAGCCCAGUUCAGGAAAAAGAUAACAAGCCUGUCCAGAGUUAACCACAAGAACUUUGUGAACCUGCUGGGCUACUGCCAGGAAGAGCAGCCGUUCACAAGGAUGAUGGUGUUCGAGUAUGCUCCAAACGGCACCCUCUUCGACCAUCUCCAUGUGAGGGAAGACGGUCACCUGGACUGGCCGACGAGGCUGCGGGUGGCGGUGGGGAUCGCCUACUGCCUGGAGCACAUGCACCAGCUGAGCCCGCCGGAGAUCCUCAAGACGCUCGACACGUCCACCGUGUACCUGACCGACGACUUCGCGGCCAAGAUUGCGGAUGUCUUCUUCUGCUCGGACGACGCCUCGUCGACAAGGGCGGAGAUGGCGAGCCUGCAGUCCCUCCUGGCUCUGUCCGACAGGGAGAGCGUUGUGUACAGCUACGGCAUGGUGCUGCUGGAGAUCAUGUCCGGCAGGUUCACGGCGUCGGCCGGCGGCCUGCUGGAGGGCUGGGCGGCGAGCUUCCUCCGAGGGGAGAGGCAGCUGAGGGACGUCAUGGACCCUGGCCUGAGCUGGAACGCGCCCCGCCAGGCCGAGACCGUCAACAGGCUGGACGGCGUGAUACGGUCCUGCACCGACCGGGAGGCGAGGCGGCGACCCGCGAUGGCAGAGGUGGCGAGGCGGCUGAGGGGGAUCACGGCCAUGCCGCCGGAGGCGGCCACCCCCAAGGUGUCGCCGCUGUGGUGGGCGGAGCUGGAGAUCAUCUCCACCGAAGCCACCUGA